AUGUUUGAGGCAUCGGAUAAAACCCCCGCGAGUUGGAGAAUCCCUCGUGCAUGCCAGGAAUGCCGCAGGCGUAAAAUCAAAUGCAAUGGCCUGACCCCGUGCAAAACCUGCCAAUUGCGCAAUACAUCGUGUAUAUAUAGAGACUAUAUUCGCCAUCGGCGAAAAAAACAUGAGUAUGAGGAAGUCGGCGAGAGGAAUUCAAGUCGUCAUGGCUCCCCGAGUGGAGUGCCACCAUCGGGGCGGCGCACAACCUCCGUCAUGAAUGACUUCCCAAAUAGUGUGUCUGCAACACAUAUGGCAUCGCCGUCAUGUCAGAUGCAGCUAUACUAUGGCCCUACCUCUCAUUUCUCUCUCAUGCAGCAUAUCUAUCGAGAUCUCGUCUCCAAUCCUACCUCUCAGCCUGAACCGUCUGGCGGGGUUGAGGAAGCUGGAGCUGGCUUGGACCUGUUUAGCUUCCGUCGCAUUUUUUUCGGAACUCCAGAUUUCCAUGAGACCAACAAGUCACUCGGGACAGGGGAUUUGUCCAUGAUGUUCUUGCCGUAUGACCUAGCCAAGCUUUUUCUAUCGCGGUAUCUCUCCAGCCUUUAUCAUCUGAUACCACUCCGGCCCAAGAUAUAUUAUGAGCAAUGUCUGGACCAAAUGUAUAGCUCUUCGCCCACAGACCAUCUAGAUGUGUUCACCCAUGCGAUCAUUCUCCUUAUCAUGGCAAGCGCGGCACUCGGCACGGAUCAUUUUGCUUGGGGUGAUGUGUUGUUCGAGCGUGUUAAGGGUUCACUGACCGCGUUUGAUGACGCGAACGAACAAGGUCGACCCAACUCAACGUUCUUGCAUUUGGGUUCUGCUUGUCGCAAAGCCUUAUCAGCAGGUCUGCAUAAAGAUGUUCCUCAUGAUAUUGCUCAAACGCCGGAAAACAUUGAAGAACGACGGGUGACCUUCUGGUCUAUUUACAUCUAUGAAACCUGGUUCUGUUAUCAUGCAGGUCGUCCAAGUUCCCUUUCCCUUAAAGACGUCGCGAUCGAGUAUCCGCAGGAUCCAUUUAUUCGAUUAUUGGUGCGGCUUUGCAAAACCAUCACUCGGUCUGUUAAUGAGAUAUAUGGCCAGCGACAUGAAUCUCUUCUGCAUAUGUGGAGAGUUGCUCGAUCCAUUGCAGAUGACAUACGUGGUCUUGAAGCACAUCUAAAGCAAGUUUUGGGCCAUGGGCUCGACGAUAGCAUCCAGGCGGGAUCCCUUGGGCUAGUGUACAAUCACACGCUUCUUCUCACAUUUCGCCCGUUCCUGAUAUUUCGCGGCCACUGGCAGCGUGAGAGGAACAUCACACUCAACCAGUCUAGCACAAAUGUCACAAAUCGUCCGAGUGAAGCACCUUCCUGGCUCAAUGAAGCCUGCAAUCUUGCCAUCACUGCCGCCCAAAAAACCCUCCAUCACCUAUGUGAAGCCUCAAGAGUCAAUGAUCUUGUUCUGGAAUUGCGAUACCACGGGUAUUUUUUCGGUAGUUCUGUAUUUACUCUCAUCUAUGAGUUUCUGCACAACCCGAAUGUCGCGCCUGUCUAUCUGCCAUGGGUUUAUGCUUCAUUGCAAACCUUGUCAACCAUGCGAGCUGGUGACCCGAUCGCAAGCACAAUUUCAGCCGUACAGACGGUGCUUCGUAAUAUUAAUCCAUCAUACGAAUGGUUACCUUUACUAACACCGACUGAGAAUAAAAUUGCGCCCCCAGGAGGGACAGCCAUACAUCAAGGCCUCACCCCCGACCGUAGGCAUCAACCAAACAACGCUGCAAUCUUCCAGAACCCGCCGCUGGGAAUGCGGUCUGACAUGCUGGCAUCUCCUUGGAACUUUCCGCAGGUACAAAAUCCGGAAAACCCAGAAACUAGAGGGUCUGUGGGCUCCGGAGAAGACUUGCUUGAUUUCACUCAGUCUGACAUGGGCUGGGAUUUCGAUUUCUCUACCAUGGACCUGGAGGCGUUCUUUUCGGUUUAUCAGUCGAAUAAUGCUCCGGGCCUUUGA